CAAGGGGGCAGUGUGACUACUUUGGACACAAUAUAGAGCCUUAACAUUUGGAGUAGGGGCUGUAUUCUAGGAUUUUGUGUUCACAAGGCUUGAGCCAAUCUAUACUUUACAGCCAUUUCUUGUGAAGUUAAGGUCAGGAAUGGUAUGGUUUAGGGGCACCUGUCUUCCCUUAGCUGUAAACUCUGGUGUGCUCUCUCUGAUUUCAUUAGCUCUGGCCUCUGGUCAUCUGUAAUCCCAGGUGAACAGGACAAAAAGUGGUUCCUGCUUCUCAGGUGACCCUGGAGCUCCAGGGUGCUAUCAGCUGUGCAGCCCCACCCAUACCUGUUAGCCUACCAGCUGCUUCUUGAACCUUCCUGGUUUAUGGGUCCUCCCAUUUGCUGGAAAUUGGUCCGCCCUUUGUCUGCCUGCCCCAAGGGCAGUCCUGUUCUUCGUGCAGCUCUGGCAGAGAAGGCCAGCUUUCACGGGUCCCUGGGAAUUGCAGCCAAGACCUGGGUAGGAAGAGAGCAGUUUCUGGAAGAUGCGUCCAGUUGUUGCAGGCAUCUUCAAGACACUACUGUUUAUUUUCUCCUCCCUGUGCGCCUGGUAUUCUGGGUACCUGCUUGCGGAGCUCAUUCCUGACGUGCCCCUGUCCAACACUCUCUACAAGAUCCGAAGCGUUGGAGAGAGACCUCUUCUCAAAGCCCCUGCCCCUAAAAGACAAAAAUGUGACCACUGGUCCCCAUGUCCUCCUGACACUUAUGCCUACCGGCUGCUCAGUGGUGGUGGCCGAGACAAGUAUGCCAAGAUCUGCUUUGAGGACGAACUGCUAUUAGGAGAGAAGAUGGGGAAUGUGGCAAGAGGGAUAAACAUUGCUGUCGUCGACUAUGAGACAGGAAAAGUGAUAGCAACAAAGUACUUUGACAUGUAUGAAGGUGAUAACUCCGGGCCAAUGGCCGAGUUCAUUCAGAGCACCCCUUCAAAGUCCCUGCUGUUCAUGGUGACACACGAUGAUGGGAGCUACAAGCUGCAGGCUCAAGCAAAGGAUGCCAUAGAAGCCCUUGGAAGCAAAGAAAUCAAGAACAUGAAGUUCAGAUCAAGCUGGGUGUUUGUUGCAGCAAAGGGCUUUGAGCUCCCUUCAGAAAUCGAGAGAGAAAAAAUCAACCACUCGGAUCAAUCCAAGAACAGAUACUCGGGCUGGCCAGCAGAGAUCCAGAUCGAGGGAUGUAUACCCAAAUGGCUGAGAUAACAGUGCUUGGAUGGACCUCAAUAAACGUGUUUUGUACAGAUACACUCAGCUGGAAUGUCACAGGAGUCUGAUCCCUUGAAGUCCAGCUGUGAAGGAAAGUGUUGAUGUGGAUUUGCGGUUUGUUGUGAACCAAUAAGACACCGUUAGUUACACUGA